ACCAAAAUGUCCCAGUUCGCAGGUCGCGACCCCUGAGACGGCAGAGUUUGAAUGUUGCACUUCCCCUUGGUGGCAAAAUUCAGGUUGAGCGUUUGGUGGGCGCUGGUGAGUGGAGACUGAGUGGCCGAAAGUAUUGGACAUUAAGCUAGGGGAUCUGAUCCAUGAGGCUACAUUACAUUUAAUGGUCAUGUUCCCCUUAGGCAAGUUCCUCUUGACUGUGAUGAUGACAGUUCCUCAGCCUUUCCUUAUUUUAGGCAGUUGACAGUUUUGAGGCAGCCUCUAAAGAGAAUAAUCAUCACACUUAUGGCAGGGAUUUUGUGUACAGUAGUUCAGAGGCCAUUAGGCAGACUACAGACUGUGACAAAAAGCAUGGAGUCUCUUGUUUGUGCAGAUUGGAUUCGUCACAAAUUCACCAAGUCAAGAAUUCCAGAUAAAGUGUUUCACCCUUCACCUGAAGAUCACGAAAAGUAUGGUGGGGAUCCACAGAACCCCCAUAAACUGCAUAUUGUUACUAGAAUAAAAAGUACAAAAAGACGUCCAUACUGGGAAAAAGAUACAAUAAAGAUGCUUGGAUUAGAAAAAGCACAUACCCCGCAAGUUCACAAGAAUAUCCCUUCAGUGAAUGCAAAACUGAAAGUGGUCAAACAUUUGAUAAGAAUCAAGCCCCUGAAGCUGCCACAAGGACUUCCCACAGAGGCAGACAUGGCUAACACUUGUCUCAAGAGCACUGGAGAAUUAGUAAUACAGUGGCACCUGAAACCUGUGGAGCAGAAAACUUAAGUCCUGAUGCCAGAACAGCUUCAGACUAAACAAUGCAAAUUGUUUAAAAUGAUGAGAAUGUUUUCAUUAAAAUAGAUUUUAAAUACCA